AUGGUGGCUAACAGGCAGAUGAUUGUGGCGGUUUUAUUGGUCUCCAUGGCGACCAGUCAUCUCGACGCGCACGUCGUGAGCUGCGCAGUUCCCGCCAAAAUUGACAUCCGGGAUCCACGUGAAGACGUUACAAGCUCUAACUCCUUGGCGAUAGAUGCUCAUGAGCCGCUUCUUGAGGCGCUGUCCACCGAAAGUCAAGAAGCACAGCUGGCGGAACAGCCGGGCGCCCGCCGGCCGCUGCUGGUCCGGCUGCCCUGGCCUCUGGCGCGCGCUCUCAACAAGCGGGCCAGGAAACCCCCCAACAUGAACUCAUGGGGCCAGCCCUGGGGCAAGCGGAGUCUCAUCGACUGAAGUCAGUUACCAAAACACUAUCAUAUAUACUCAUAGACGAUUCAAACUCUACUU